GUGCUUCAGAAGCUGGGGAAAGCUGAUGAAACAAAAGAUGAACAGUUUGAAGAGUAUGUUCUGAACUUCAAAAGGCAAGAGGCAGAAGGUACCAGACUCCAGAAAGAGCUCCGGGGAUAUUUAGCUGCAAUUAAAGGAAUGCAAGAAGCUUCAAAGAAACUUACAGAGUCUCUACAUGAAGUAUACGAGCCUGACUGGUAUGGCCGAGAAGAUGUAAAAGUGGUUGGAGAGAAAUGUGAUGUACUUUGGGAAGAUUUCCACCAAAAGCUCGUCGACGGGUCGUUGUUGACCUUGGACACAUAUCUGGGACAGUUUCCUGAUAUAAAGAAUCGUAUUGCAAAGCGGAGCAGAAAGCUAGUGGACUAUGACAGUGCAAGACAUCAUUUGGAAGCCUUGCAGAGUUCAAAGAGAAAAGACGAAGGCAGGAUUUCCAAGGCAGAGGAAGAGUUUCAGAAAGCACAGAAAGUGUUUGAAGAUUUCAACAUUGAUUUGCAAGAAGAGCUGCCAUCUUUAUGGUCAAGACGAGUUGGCUUUUAUGUGAACACAUUCAAAAAUAUCUCCAGCCUUGAAGCCAAAUUUCACAAAGAAAUAGCUUUGCUAUGCCACAAACUCUAUGAGGUGAUGUCAAAGUUGGGAGAGCAACAUGCUGACAAGGCCUUCACCAUUCUCGGAGCACCCAGCGAUUCAGGUCCUCUCCGCAUUGCAAAAACUCCAUCACCGCCUGAAGAGGAGUCCCCUCUGCAUAGCCCUGAAGCAAGUCCCAAUCAUACAUUGGCUGCUCCUCCUUCUCCAGCACCAGCACGGCCUAAAUCUCCCUCACAGGUAGUAGGAACAGAAUUAAGAUGAAAAUACCAAAAGGGG